AAAAGGGCGCGAAAAUUUGCCGAUAGACGUUGCGGCGGUAGACCCAUACUUCGUCAUCUACAUCUUCAGGGUUUAUCGACCCCAAAAUUAGGUUUUAGUCUUAUUACUUCUCAUCUUCCACCUCUGCAACCAAACCAUUCCAGAACAUCUGCGAAAGUCGCACGCAAGCAACAUUCUCUGAAAUUUGAAUCCGCAGAAGGAAGAAGAGGGAGAGCGAGUGCAAGUUGAUCACUGAAUCACUGAUCGGUGCAACCAAUGUCCAAACCAGAAGCAGAAGCUGCUCCCAUGGCUGCUCUCGUUGUUGCUUCGCUUUCUAGAAGCUUCCACCAAGUGCCUCCCUCCGCGGUUCCCGCUACGCUCGAUUGUAUUCUCGCCACCACUGGCUUGCCACCGCUGUCACUCUUCGCUUCUUUCCUGGACGAUUUUCCUAAUCUUCUGAAGGGUAUUAUGUUGGAGGAUGAAAAUUUGGAUUCUGAUAAACAUCUCCAUCUUUUGUCAUUGUCAAGUGCUCUUUGUCAUCUACUGAAGAAAAUGGGGGCUGAUUAUGGUGCGAUGAAAUCUUUUAUGUAUAGAUGUUUCCUUCCUUUAGUUGUGGUGCUACAAACAUCUCAGCAUGACUUGCUUAGUCAGAUCACAGAAUGGUUCAUGGAUGUUGUGGUGGAAACGGGUGCCUGGGGUGUUUUCGAAGAAGCAUUGGUGCCAAAUUUUUUGAAAUCAGUUGGUCUUUCCAUGGGCAUGCUUCAUAGCGGUGAUUUAGAUUUCUAUGAAUGGAGUAGCAAACCAUCUUUCCAGGGUUCAUAUGAUGUCAUAAUAGAUCCACUAAAGGACAAGGAAUUAUUGCUGUCUUCUUCAAGUACUUUUACAUUGAAAACAGCAUGCAAUGUUUUGUCUCUAGUUAUGGAAGGCGCCCUUCAAUGUGCGCAAACACAUACAUUCUUUAAGUCAGCAGGAGAGGAACGGUGUAUUGCCAUUAAAUUUGUUGAAACUUUGAUUUGGGACUUGUGUAAUAUGACUGAGCGGAUGCUUUUGCAUAGUCUGGAUCACAGGUCUUGUGCUGUUGGUUUCUUUCUUCCCAUUGUUCACAAAGCAUUUCCUACGAAUCACAAAUUUGAAAUCUCAAUUCGUGGGCAGAGACAUGACUUUUCUCGGGAGCAUUUCUUCAUCAAACUUUGGAACUGCUGCAUUACACUGUUUUCAGGUGGAAAGUUAGAGAGAAGAGAUGCAUAUAAUGUACUCUCUUUGUGUUUUUCCUUUUUAUUGCCUGUAGAAAAAUGUGAAGAUGCUGAUUCAAUCUUUAGAACUGAAGAGUUUGACAUAAGAGCAGAAAAGCAGUUCUGGGAUGAAAUAAAGACGGGGCUGGUUGACAAGGAAAAUUUAGUGCGAAAGCAGAGUUUACAUAUAUUGAAGAUGGCUCUGAAUGUGCAAAGGGGAGCCAAUUCCAUCUCUAAAAUUUCAAAAAAUAAUACCAACGUAGAGCAUUCUGCACCUCAUGUUGUGACAAAGAGAGAACGUUGGGCUUACAAGGAAGCCAAGUCACUUGGUGUUGGGAAACUUUUGACUUCAGAUGACUUAAUCUUCGACAGCAAACAAUUCUGGGAUGCAUUUGUCCUUCUAUAUGAGAUGCUUGAAGAAUAUGGGACUCACUUAGUUGAAGCUGCUUGGAAUAAUCAGUUGGGAAUCCUUCUAAGUUGCAGAAAGAUAGAGUCCUUUUUGGAAUAUGACAUGUUGAAAUGUUGCUUUUCGCGGGCAAUAUUUGGAUAUGAGCAAUUAGUCAGUCACAAUGCUAGUAGUUGUAUUGGUGACGUUCAUCGAGAUCAACUUGAAAUCUGUGGUGAGACUUUCAAUUGGUUGCCCAUUCUAUGGGAACGAGGCCUUCAUCAUGGCAAUCCACAAGUAAGGUGCCUGAUCAUGCAGUCUUUUCUGGACAUAAAUUGGGAGGAUUAUGGAAACUACAUAAACUCAGUGCCUGAAGAUUUUGUUCUUGGUCCAUUUAUGCAAGGAUUGAAUGACCCAAUACACCACAAAGAAUUUGGCAUAAAGGGAGUUUUCAUGUCAAGGGUAAUUGAAGGUGCUGCCCGGUUUAUACACCAUUAUGUUACUUUCCUGAUUCCAAGGAAACGCAUUGCAUUUUUGUGCAAUUUAGCAUCCACAGCUAAACACCAUUCCUUCGGACGAGCUGGACUUAUGGCGCUUGCUGAAUGCAUUGCAUUAGCUGCUGCAGGCAUUGGAACAACUGUUGAGGCCAGUACAAAAUCAUCUAAACACAUUGUUCCGAUGGAUUUUGUUUCUGGAGUAGCAAAUCAAACUGAUAAAAAAGAAUUACUGGAUAUUUUUAGAUAUGUUGUUGAGAGCAGCAAACAACAUUUCAAUCCCAGUUACCGUCUUAAAGUUUGUAGCAAAAUUUUGGAGGCAGCUGUUUUGGUGGUGUGUACAUUUGAUAUUCCUCUUGAGAUUCUUCUGCUUUUCCUUUCAGCUUUUCCAAGGGAAUUUACAGAUUAUGGUGGUCAGCUAAGGGCGACUAUAAAAAGAUGGCUUUCAGGUUGCGGUGAAAAGGCUUGUUGUGGCAAUUGCUGUAGUAAUGAGAUAAAGCUCUGGGAAAGUCUUUGUGACUUCCCACUGAGCUUUGUCAGUAAUCAUCUUUCCAGUGCCUCCCUUAAUUAUGAUGAUGAGGACUUGAAUGCUUGGGAGUUUGAAGCAAAUAGAUGGGCAAGGGUACUUCUCCUUGCAAUCAAGAAGGAACAUCCAUUUGAACCUAUUUUAACGUUUCUUGAAAGCAGUGGUGCUGAUAUUUUGAAUCAAGGACAGGAUACCAAAUAUGUAAAAUUCUUGAUUCUUGCAUUGAGUUUAGUUCUGGAGCUUCAUAAAGCAAAGGAAAGAGCUGUUGAAUAUGGUAAUAAAGCCAGAACUGAUGUAGCAAAUGCCUUUUCUGGAAUAGUUGAUGGUCUUAGUCUAAUAGAAGGCGUCUCUAAGAAACUUGUUGAUAAAUUUCUUUAUUUGUUGGAUGAUCUCGUUCAGGUUGCAAACCAGGCCAGCUCCAUUUUCUGGUCUGGCAUUGUAACAGAGGACUCUAACCUGCCAGGUGCAGUGAAAGGAAAACUUGGAGGCCCUAGUCAACGAAGAUUGUCAAUUUCUACCACCACUGCUGUAUUGCAGGCGGUUAUAUCUGUGAAGGCAUUAUCAUUAAUCUUGUUGUGGUGCAAACAAAUAAGAAGUGAUGCUCCACUAAACUCUGCUUUUAUAUUUAUAUGGCAAUUCUUCUGGAGGAGUACCAGAUCUCCCUGUUCCUGCUCAGAGACACAAGCUGAAAUUCAUCUUGCAGCAUAUGAAGCACUUGUUUUUGGGCUCAAAGUUCUAGCAUCCCCAUGCUUUCCUGGAUCUAUGUAUCUAAUUAAGGAAAAUGAGAACAUUCUUUCAGACACAGAAGGAAGGCCCUGGUUAGAUUCUAUGUGUGGAGCAUUCUUUCAAAAUAUCAAUGAUCUACUUAGAACAGGAGUUUUGGCUAGAACUCGAAGAGCAGUUUUGUUGGAUAUAAAGUGGGUGUGCCUAGAAUCUUUGUUGUCAAUCCCUUCUCAAGCUUUCCGGAAUGGGUUUCAUUUGGAGGAAAACAAUGCUUCCUUUUCAGAAGGGACUCUUGAAUGCAUUUUUCGUGAUCUUGUUGAAAGCCUUGAAAAUGCUGGGGAAAGUUCUGUUUUACCCAUGCUGAGAUCACUCCGAAUGUUAAUAGAGCUAGUCAGCAAUGUGAGGUCAAAUGCUGUUGUUUCUAUUUCUAAUAUAAUUGACACAGAGUCGAUAUGGAAUUUGGUCCGUUCCUCUUGGAUACUGCAUAUAAGCUGCAACAAGAGAAGAAUUUCUUCCAUUGCUGCUCUUUUGUCAUCUGUUUUGCAUCCUGUGUUUUUUAAUGAUGAAAUAAUGCACCAAAUAGGCAAUGCACCCGGACCGCUGAAAUGGUUUAUUCAAAAUCUUCUUGAGGAAGGAACAAAGAGUCCUCGUACAAUUCGUCUGGCUGCACUGCACUUAACAGGGUUGUGGCUCUUAAAUCCUAGGAUUAUAAAGUUUUACCUAAAGGAGUUAAAGCUUCUGUCUCUCUAUGGUUCAGUUGCAUUUGAUGAAGAUUUUGAAGCUGAACUAGCUGACAACAAUGAUGCAAGACUGGAAGUGUCUCUAUUGGCAAGGAGCCCUGACCAAGAGCUGACUGAAGCAUUUAUUAAUACAGAGUUGUAUGCACGUGUAUCGGUUGCUGUUUUGUUUUACAAGUUGGCAGACCAGGCUAGGAUGGUAGGAUCACCAAGUGAAGAUGCAGACUGCAUUGCGGCUCUAGAAUCUGGCAAAUCAUUUCUUCUAGAGCUUCUUGACUCUGCGGUGAAUGAUAAAGAUCUCGCUAAGGAGUUAUACAAAAAAUAUAGUGCUAUCCAUAGACGCAAAAUACGUGUUUGGCAAAUAAUAUGUGUCUUGUCCCCAUUUGUUGAUGAAGAUAUAGUGGGGAAAGUUGUAGAUUACUUGUACAUAUCACUCCAUAGAAAUAACCUACCAGCAGUUCGUCAGUACCUAGAGACAUUUGCAAUCAACAUUUACUUGAAGUUUCCAUUUCUUGUUCAAGAAAAAUUGGUCCUGAUAUUGCGAGAUUAUGAUAUGAGACCACAGGCACUUUCUUCAUAUGUAUUCAUAGCAGCUAAUGUUAUUCUCAAUUCAUCUAAAGAUGUUCAAUCUAGACAUUUGGAUACAUUGUUUCCUCCGCUAGUUCCACUAUUAACUUCUCACCACCACAGUUUACGUGGUUUUACUCAGUUACUGGCAUACCAAAUUCUUCAUAAACUUUUUCCACUGUUGGAUUCUGGAUCUUCUGAGAUGUUACCUUUAGAGAAGAGGUGUUUGGUUGAUUUGAAAACAUACCUAGCAAAGAAUUCUGAUUGUGCCCGCUUACGAACAUCAAUGGCAGGAUAUCUUGAUGCUUAUAACCCAAAUAGCUCUGCCACCCCUGCUGGGAUUUUCGUCAAUCGAGUUGAGGAAGGUGAUUUUGAGUGUGUUCCAACCUCUCUCAUGGAGCAAGUACUCAAUUUUUUAAAUGAUGCUAGAGAAGAUUUACGGUGUUCAAUGGCAAAGGAUGUGGUGACCAUCAGGAAUGAGACUCUAAAAUUCAAUGGGGAUAAGAAUCAGUUGGAACAUCUCUCUGAUGCCAUCAAAGGAAACCAACUUAAAUAUAUUGCUUCAGAUUUCCAGAAAAAGGUUACUGUUACCAAACAUGACAAGGGGCAGAUAGAAGCAGGUUUCCUUUAUGGCAACAACGAAACCUACAGAAAAAUGACUGAAUUGGAAAGGGAUGAUCUCCUUCUGGACAAUUUACUGCAGUCAAGAAGAUCUUCUCUCAAUCGACUAACUGAAAGUCGACAACAUUUUAUCUUUGUAGCAUCCUUGCUUGACCGCAUACCCAAUCUUGCUGGUCUGGCGCGGACCUGCGAGGUAUUUAGAGCAUCAGGGCUGGCUGUUGCUGAUGCAAACAUCAUAAGCGACAAGCAGUUCCAGUUGAUCAGUGUGACAGCUGAAAAAUGGGUUCCAAUCAUAGAAGUCCCAGUUGAUAGCAUCAAGGCUUACUUGCAGAAAAAGAAGAGGGAGGGAUUUUCCAUCUUGGGUUUGGAACAAACUGCAAAUAGCAUACCCUUGGACAAGUAUUCCUUUCCAAAAAAUACUGUCCUGGUUCUUGGCAGAGAGAAAGAAGGUAUACCUGUGGAUAUAAUUCAUAUAUUGGAUGCUUGCGUUGAAAUUCCCCAAUUUGGAGUUAUUAGAUCUCUCAAUGUUCAUGUCAGUGGCGCUAUUGCACUCUGGGAGUAUACUCGACAACAGAGGUCUCAAUAGCCAUGCUUUGUGAGCAUAAUUUUAUAAGAAUUAUAUUUUAUAAUGUAACAUGUAAUAUAAUUGUUGUGUUAUUAGAUAAGCGUUAUAGGAUUGGUCCCAUUGAAUUCGUUUGACAAUGUCAUGCUUAUCAUAAUUUUGUGGCUUACAUUGACCUAUGAAUAUAUAAAAAAGGCGAAUAUGACAGAUAUUGUGAAACA